GCCGCCCCUCCCCCGUGGCUGGCACUCUGGACUUUCCCCCGGUCGCGCUCGCGCCCAGCUCCCUUCGGGAGAACUCGGAGAACUACCUUCCCGCCGCCCUGACUCUCCUUCCCCCACUUCCUGCCUGGACCCAGCGCGCGGGCCGCGGGGCCGCACCUGCAGGCACGCGUUUCCCAUUGGUGACAUCUUGGCGGGCCCGGCGGUGGCACUUCCUCCUCUACACCCCGUGACCCACGUCCGGCUGCCGGUCUUGAAUCACGAGGCCUCCGCUUCCCGGACUCCGGACCCCGCGCCGCCUCGGGGCCGACGGCCCGUCCCUGGCGUGGUUGAGAACAAAAAGAUGCACCUGGACUUUCCCCGGAGCCCUCUGCGUGGUUGAGCUUCGGUGGAAUUUCGGGGCUCUUGGCUGCCAGCCGCGCUUGCCUGGUAGCAACAGAAACCAGUCCCGCUCGCCUCCGUGGACAGUUCAUUACCAUCCAGAAGUGUCUCCCACUGAAGGCAUCCGCGGUUGUUUUUAAGCCACAAAAAAGCCACACCCAAGAUCACCUGACACCCACCCUGUCAAGUGUCCAUGAUGCUGGGCCCUGAGGGAGGUGAAGGCUUUGUGGUCAAGCUCCGUGGCCUGCCCUGGUCCUGCUCUGUUGAGGACGUGCAGAACUUCCUCUCUGACUGCACGAUUCAUGAUGGGGCCGCAGGUGUCCAUUUCAUCUAUACUAGAGAGGGCAGGCAGAGUGGUGAGGCUUUUGUUGAACUUGGAUCAGAAGAUGAUGUAAAAAUGGCCCUGAAAAAAGACAGGGAAAGCAUGGGACACCGGUACAUUGAGGUGUUCAAGUCCCACAGAACCGAGAUGGAUUGGGUGUUGAAGCACAGCGGUCCCAACAGUGCCGACAGCGCCAACGAUGGCUUCGUGCGGCUUCGAGGACUCCCAUUUGGAUGCACAAAGGAAGAAAUUGUUCAGUUCUUCUCAGGGUUGGAAAUCGUGCCAAACGGGAUCACAUUGCCUGUGGACCCCGAAGGCAAGAUUACAGGGGAAGCGUUCGUGCAGUUUGCCUCGCAGGAGUUAGCUGAGAAGGCUCUAGGGAAGCACAAGGAGAGGAUAGGGCACAGGUACAUCGAGGUGUUUAAGAGCAGCCAGGAGGAAGUUAGGUCAUACUCAGAUCCCCCUCUGAAGUUCAUGUCCGUGCAGCGGCCAGGGCCCUAUGACCGGCCCGGGACUGCCAGGAGGUAUAUUGGCAUCGUCAAGCAGGCAGGCCUGGAGAGGAUGAGGCCCGGUGCCUACAGCACAGGCUACGGGGGCUACGAGGAGUACAGUGGCCUCAGUGAUGGCUACGGCUUCACCACCGACCUGUUCGGGAGAGAUCUCAGCUACUGUCUCUCCGGAAUGUAUGACCACAGAUACGGCGACAGUGAGUUCACAGUGCAGAGCACCACAGGCCACUGUGUCCACAUGAGGGGUCUGCCGUACAAAGCGACCGAGAACGACAUUUACAACUUCUUCUCUCCUCUCAACCCUGUGAGAGUCCAUAUUGAGAUCGGCCCAGAUGGAAGAGUGACGGGCGAAGCAGAUGUUGAGUUUGCUACUCAUGAAGAAGCUGUGGCAGCUAUGUCCAAAGACAGGGCCAAUAUGCAGCACAGAUACAUAGAACUCUUCUUGAAUUCAACAACAGGGGCCAGCAAUGGGGCGUAUAGCAGCCAGGUGAUGCAAGGCAUGGGGGUGUCUGCUGCCCAGGCCACUGAAAGUGGCCUGGAGAGCCAGUCAGUGAGUGGCUGUUACGGGGCCGGCUAUAGUGGGCAGAACAGCAUGGGUGGCUAUGACUAGUUUUGUUAGGAACAUUUGAGUUAUUUCAAUCAAAUUUUCACAGGCAGCCAACAAGCAGUUAAGAGCAGUUAUAAUAAGAGGAAGCUGGGGGACCCAUUUUGCACCAUGAGUUUGUGAAAUCUGGAUUUAAAAAUUACCUCUUCAGUGUUUUCUCAUGCAAAAUUUUCUUCUAGCAUGUGAUAAUGAGUAAACUAAAACUAUUUUCAGCUUUUCUCAAUUAACAUUUUGGUAGUAUACUUCAGAGUGAUGUUAUCCGAGUUUAAGUAGUUUAAGUAUGUUAAAUGUGGAUCUUUUACACCACAUCACAGUGAACACACUGGGGAGACGUGCUUUUUUGGAAAACUCAAAGGUGCUAGCUCCCUGAUUCAAAGAAAUAUUUCUCAUGUUUGUUCAUUCUAGUUUAUAUUUUCAUUUAAGAUCCUUUAGGUUAAGUUUAAGCUUUUUAAAAGUUAGUUUUGAGAAUUGAGACACAAUACUAAUACUGUAGGAAUUGGUGAGGCCUUGACUUAAAACUUUCUUUGUACUGUGAUUUCCUUUUGGGUGUAUUUUGCUAAGUGAAACUUGUUAAAUUUUUUGUUAACUAAAUUUUUUUCUUAAAAUAAAGACUUUUUCACAAUGACUGGCACAGAUUAUCUACUCAGCAAAAGAUAGCAAAAUGGGUUGAAGAUAAUUCAUUUUAAUCGUAAUGUAUUUUAGUGUGAAUUUAAAAAUUUCAUACAUCAAAUCUAUGAUCUCCCUUAUAUUCUUAUGAUGAGGCUAAAUAAAAGUCUAAUAAAAAUGUUAAAUAUGUGAAUGGUGGAAAUGGUGACUAGCAGCACACAUUCCGGGAAGCAUCAAAUAGACACACAGCCCCAGCCACUGGCAACUUACGUGCACUGUUCUAAACCAUUCGGAAUUUCCUGCUGGGCCCUUGAUGCUGGAGUCACAUCUGUUGAUAGCGGGAGAGCUUUAGUUUCAAGUGCUACAUUGUGAAAGCCAUUAUUUUGUUUCUAGGUUUUAUAAAAUGCUGAUUUAAAUUUU